AAUCAGGACCAGGAAGUCCACUGCUGCAGGACUUCCUGGUCUCUGUCCAACCAGAGAGCAGAGACACUCCCACUCUCCAUAAAGUGGAGACUCUCCACAUAUUUAACUUUAUGAACAUCUUAUGAUAAACAUGCCAUAGAGAGUUAAAAACAUCUGGAAUAUCUGGUUCUAUUGUAUCAGUUGAAGGAAAAUUUGUUUCUGUUUUCAGGAAUUUAAAGUAUUUAAACUGAGCAGCAAAUGAAGGAGAAACAGGAAAUUUAUCUGAGAUCCAAGAAGAUAGUUGGAUGUUUUCCCUUCCUUCUCUCCUCAUCCCUCCAUCCCUCCUCAGCUGUAAAUCCAGAUCUUCUCCUUCGGCUGCAGCGGUUCCCUGAAUCUCCUCAGAUUCCUCUGAUUUUUUCCUGAUUUUCUGCAGAAGAAGAAACUCCGGCUCUGUUCUGCCGCUUCGUCUCUAAGUUGUGUGUAAAUCUGAGGCGGAGUUUGGAUCCGGACCAGAACUUCCUCCUCCUUUCUCUAAGUGGUUUUCAGAGAAGCGUGUUUAAAGUUCCUGAAAGCAUCGCCGUUAUCUGCUGCAUUUCAUCACAUCCUGGAGCGCUGCCUCCUCCUCCUCCUCUUCGUCGCCUCUGACCUCAGACUGAGGAGAGGAAGCUGCGGUUGUUCUGAUCGUCACUGUGAGUGCUGCUGCUCUGCGCUCCACACCCGACCCAGAGGCUCCGGCGCUCUGCAGCAUGGCCUCUUCACUCGCCCUCCUCUUCCUCGGCCUGCUGGGCUCCACGUGCGCUCUUCCUCCUCCUCGGAUCUCCUUCCUGCUCAACUCACCAGAAAGACCUUUGGUUCACUUCAGCCUCACUGAUGUCAGCAACACCACCACACUGUUGCUUAGCAACGACAGCUCCACCCUUUACGUUGGAGCUAGAAAUGCCAUCCUCUUAUUGAACGUCAGCCGGAGUGAUGUCAUCAGCCUGAGGAGUAAGGUGACAUGGAGUCCGUCCCAGACCGACACAAGAGACUGUGUGAACAAAGGGCAGGACCCGGAGGGCGACUGUCAAAACUUUGUCCAUGUUGUUCAGCGAGUGAACUCCACCCACCUGUACGUCUGCGGCAGCAACGCCUACAACCCUCAGCAAGCCUUCAUCGACAUGGAGCUGUCGGUGGUCCAGCAGGACAAAGCUAGAGGGCGCUGUCCGUUCAGUCCUUUUGAACGGAGCGCUGCAGUCAUCAUUGACCAGGAACUCUUUGCUGCCACAACCACCGACUUCCAGGGAAAAAAACCACAAAUUUCUCGAUUCCUCAGCAAAGAUGGCCGCCCAGACAUCAGCCUAGACUCCAUCAGUUUACUUCAGGAGCCAAGAUUUGUGAGCGUGUCGUUGGACCCGGCAGGACAGAAACUCUACUUCUUUUUUUCUGAAAUCGAGAAGGAGUUCAGCUUCGUCGACAAGCUUCAGAUUCCCAGAGUGGCUCAAGUCUGCAAGGACGACGUUGGAGGACAGAGGAUUUUGCAGAAGAAGUGGACAUCCUUUGCCAAGUCUGCCCUGCUCUGCCAGCCUCCACAACAGUUUCCCUUCAACAUCCUGGAGGACAUGUUCGCCCUACAGCCACCAGAGGGCGCCGACGCCUCAGAAACACUGUUUUAUGGCGUCUUCACCUCCCAGUGGUCCCGGCGGCCUGAGUCUGCAGUUUGCACCUUUAAGCUGAAGGGCAUCCGAGACGUGUUUGCUGGAACCUUUAAGACCCUGGAGAAGGAAACGUAUCAACUGAAACGCACAGCGGGACGAAAAUACCUGGGACAGUGCGGCCUCUCAAACUCCUCCGACUCUGAGCUUUCGGAGGUGAGGAUGAGCUACCUGACCAGCAGCAACGUGCAACCAGUUGGACCGGUUCUGGUUUUUCCUGAGCAGAAAUACAGUCGUGUGGUCGUAAUGAAGACAACGGCGGCCAACAGCCAACAGUACGACGUCCUGUUUCUCCUCACCGAGUCCGGGUUCCUCCACAAGGCGGUUCCUUCGGAUCAGGGCCUUCGAGUCGUUGAGGAGAUCCAAGUGUUCAGGGAACCUCAGCGGGUCAAAAGCAUGAUCCUGUCUUCCUCCAAGGGACUCGUGUAUGUGGGAACGUCUGAGGGGGUGACGGCGGUACCGGUGGCCCGGUGUCUGAGCUACCGGAGCUGCAGGCAAUGCAUCCUGGCCAGGGAUCCGCUGUGUGGCUGGAGUCCGACCCGCAGAACCUGCACGGGUCUGGAUGGCGCCGAUGACGACAUAGUUCAAACCCUGGAGGUCGUCACGGGGGACGAGUGUCAGCCGGCAGAGCAGAUCCUGCAGCACAAAGAAGUUUUUGUCCAGCUGGGCCAAGUUGUGACGCUUCAGUGUAUGAAGCCGUCUAACCUCGCCGCGCUGACCUGGACCUCCACCGACGCCGCGGAUCUAUCGAACCAGACCUUCAUCCAGGCGGCAGACGGCAGCCUCCGCUUCCUGGCCUCUGCCGGGACCUUCGGGAGCUACCAGUGCCAGGCGGUGGAAGGCGGAGUCAGGGAGGUGGUGGCGAGCUACGCCGUCCGGUCAGCGUUCGGUCCUCGGCAUCUGUCGAAGGUCAACCAGGAUCCGGCGUCCCCGGGCCCGGAGGAGAGGUCUGUUGGGACCGAGGAGCCGACUGUGAUCCCAGCUUCAGGCGCAGCACAGAAUGAAACCUUCAUCACCACCGGUUCCGACCCAGAGGAGCGCGUGACUCAGGCUAAAGGCGAUGCGUUCUCCGUCCAGGAAAUAGUCCCGACCUCCAGGAAGGACAGCCGGUCCAUGACGAACCCGGCUGAAGAGGUACCGACCCAGAGGAGCUACCACAGCGAGCUGGUGGUGGUGUCCCUGCUGCUGGCCGCCUGUGUUCUGAUCCUGGUGCUCGGCGCCGUCCGCGUCUGGAGGUGGCAGCGCGCCGGCUCCGGGUCCGACCGGCUGCCGUCCGCAGACGACGGAACCAGAACAAACGCGUCCUUGGAGAUCCACUCACUGAGCGGCCCGGAGGACGCGGGUCCGGACCAGACCAUCAUCCUGUGACGGAGGCCUGGACGGGUCCGGACCAGACCAUCAUGGAGUCCAGUGGCGGGUCCGGCUCCAGCGUCAGCUUCGUUCAGGCUGAAACUUUUGCUCUGAUCCCAGCAGUUCUGACCCGUUUUCAUUCACCUUUAGGUCCAGUAGGUUCUGUUCCCAAUGACUCGGUGUGAAGUCCAGAACCACAAAUCCUUCAGCGUUCAGAUUGUUUCAGUUUAAAGGUCCAGACAUGUUGCGUCAUUUCACAGCACAAUCCCUACCUAACCCUAACAGUUACCUCCAGUUAUAAAACUGUUACCUACACAAAUAUCAAGUAUGACUUAAAAGAAAUGAGACUUUCUGAUUUAACUCCUUCAAAUUGGGUCUCUGCCUCUUUAAGAAGCUCCGACUCUUCCUGAAGCUCCGCCUCCAGGAAGUUGUCCCAACAUGGCUUCUCUAUUA